AGCUCCUAAUUCUCUCAUUUUCUUCUCCAUCUCUUCAAUUUUGCCUUUUCCAUCUUCCUCACCAAGGAGGGUGAUACCCGCAUACUAUGGAGGACAUGGGUUCUUUGUGGACUACCUAUCAUGAGAGCGCUGAUGAUUUGAAGAAGAAGCUUCUUUACACUACCCUUGAACUUGAUACAAUGAAGAAUUUGGCAGCAGAGAGUCAAGAAAAUGUGAAGAAUCUAUUCAAUCUACUAAAGGUUGCAUACAAAGAAAGAGAUGAAGCCAGAGACCAGCUGCACAAGAUCUUCAACAAGAUCACUGCUUCUACUCCAAUUGACUUGCCCAAUGUGCGGUUUACUCAAGUAGUCCAGCCUGAAAGCCCGACUAUGAUGCCCACAAAAGCAAACUCAAGCAUUACUGAAUCCAACAGCCUGUCUGGAACUUACAAUCCCCAUUCACAUAACUCUUCUCCAGUUGAUUCAUUGUUUGAUGCAGUCUCUUCCCCUGAGUUUUCAAACAUCAACAUGGCUGAUUCUAGCAACAAUUUAGGUUUUGUGAAGCAGCCCUUAGCGCAAGAAUUUAAUGGAAGUACUAUUAUACCUUCUGGUGUAGUAGUCUCUUCUGGAUUAAGUAUCAAAGCUGAUCCAGCUGAUGAAAUAAUUGACAAUUUUGUUAGGGGUAGGCCUUUGCCUCUGAAAGGGAAGUUACUGCAAGCUGUGAUGGAUGCUGGUCCAUUGCUCCAGACAGUUCUCGUUGCAGGUCCUAUGCCCCGGUGGAGGAAUCCCCCUCCUUUGCAGCCUUUCAAAAUUCCACCAGUUUCAAUCAAAGGAUGUGAAGCUGCAGUCAGUUUUAACAGCCAGACACCGGUGACAAAUCCUACCUAUGUGGUUCAUAAGACACAGAAUUUAACGUCAUAUCCUGAGAUGACUCACGGCUUUUCUCAAACAUGUUCAGCUGCCAUGUUGAAUUUCAACAACGUUGACCCUUCUGCUGUUUCAUACCUAAACAAUUCAAGAAUGUCCACUUCAAAUUCCAAUUUUGAUCACCAAAUCCCAAUUGCCAAGCGGCAUAGGCUUCAAUGAGGUUUAGUCAAAAGUUUGCUUCUUUUUGUCUAAAAUCAAGUAUGAGGGGUUGAUGGUGUAAAUGGGGGAUACUUUUGUUUUGGGUUUGAAAGAUUUAUGACAUAGCUCUUUAGCUUCAGUUUACACUUUAUUUCUUGUACAUCAAGAUGCUUCAGUUUCUGUUUGCUAGGGCUUCUGCAGAGAGGAAAUAAAAGCAAAGACCAAUCCUAUC